GCUGAUCAGAAGCAGAUCAGAAUAUAAAGACAUGUCAGAGCUCAGGAUUGUGUUGGUGUGUGAAAGCGGAGCUGGGAAGAGCUCAUCAGGAAACACCAUCCCGAGAGAAAAAGUGUUUGAUGAAGAAUUAUCUGAUGAAUCUGUGACCGAGAAAUGGCAGAAACACCAGCAGGAGGUGAGCGAUCAAAUCAUCUCCAUCAUCGACACUCCAGAACUGUGUUAUACGCUAAUAAAUGAAGAAGAAGUGAAGAAAGAAAUGGAGAAAUGCAUUGGGAUGUCAGCUCCAGCACUAGCUGAACAGUUUAAAGAUGGACAUCAUGUCUUCAACAACACCGAUGAAGAAAACAGAUCUCAGGUCAGUGUACUGCUGGAGAAUGAAGAAGAGUGUUGCAGUAAUGAGCUGCUGAUGGAGGCUCAGAAGAGCAUGCAUUUCUCAUCGAUGACCGGGGCUCAGAAAGCGGUGUUUGUGGGAGCAGGUCUACUUGGUGGAGCCGUUGGAGGAGCAGGAGCUGUAGCUGUGGUUCAAGCCGCCGUGGCUUUAGCAGUCGUUCCUGUGGCUUUUAUCGCUGCAGGAGUCGCCAUCAUGGCCGACGGAGCUGCUCUGGCUCUCAUAGAUGCACUAAAAGGAUGCAAGAGGAGCAGAGAUAAAGACAACGGCAAAUAAAGAUUAUGAGGACUGUAGUGUUGGGGGUGAUGCUUCACAAAUAAGGUGCAUUGGAAUUGUUGUAAGUUUUGCCUUGUUUAGAGUUCAAUUCUGUUCAUCUUUAUUUCUACUGCACCUUUUAUAAUGUAGAUUGUGCCAAAGCAGCUUAAUAUAAAUGAAAAAAGAGAGUAAAAGCCAUAAUAUUUCAGAUUGUGGAACAUUCCAGCAAUUCAGGCAGGGAUGAGAGUAGUGCACAAUGCUGGUGUAGUUUUAGAUGGGUUAGAUGAGACAGGUUUAAUACAGUUUAGUAUAAAUGUCACAGUUGAAAUUCAAUUCAGACUAACUAUACCAUUCCACUCAAUCAGGGCCGGAUUAACCAAUGGGCAUUAUGGGCACAGGCCCAGGGGCCCGUGUGAACUUGGGGCCAUUGCGAGGGGAAAAAAUGCAGAUUUUGGAGUGUCUAUUUAGGCUAAGUGCAAAUAGCGCGCCUUGUUGGAAUAGGCUAGUUGAGUGAUUCUCGCCCAUCACUGUUUGAUCGACAGAGACAACAUAACUAAAGAGCGCAACCAACAGCAGCGUGAGCGGCGUAGUUUGUGAAGUGCAUGGCAACAUGUUUUGACGUGAUGGAUUAUGAACUCAAUUCAAAUCCAGCAUCAGAUGAACCAACACAAUCUCACGGCAAUUUGUAACUUUUUGAUUUAGUGGCUAAUUCGUACGAAUUCGUACGAUCUAAUUCGUACGAUUUAGUACGAUUUGCUCAUCCGCCAAUGACGGUUGGGUUUAGGGGUGGGGUUAGGUGCCACGCCUCCUUUUUAAAAUCGUACAAUUUCGUAUGACUGAACUCGUACGAAUUCGUACGAAUUAGCCACUAAACUGUCAAAACGUAAAAUACUUACGUUUUCUCGUGAGAUCAGGCUGGAUGAACACGUUCUUUUUUUUCCCACUACAUAUCAGGUUUUGCCUACUCUUCAUCACGAGGAAGACAAGUAGGAAUCAAUAAUAAGUGUGUGUAUUAUAGAAGACUCAUAGAACUGAACUGGAUUGGUGAGGUGUUAUAUCCAAAUCAUAUGCAUUAUAAGUUUGUCGAAGUUACACAUUAAAAAUACCUUUAAAUAUAUAUUUUAGUACUGCUUCUGUGAACUUGAACAAGUACUGAAAAUUAAAAUCCAUUAAUUUCCACUAGUUGCAUUAGUAUUUUUUUAAAGUGUGCUUUAAAUGCUUUAAAAAUAGGUUACAUCUUUGUAGACUAGAAAUAUAUGUACUGUAUAUCAUUUAUUUAAAAAAUGCGGGCAAAACAUUUUAUAUUAAUUUUAUUUUUAAAAUAUUAUAUUAUUCUUAUUUUUUUAAAUUCAACCAUAGGGAUGCAGCCAGGUAGGGGGCCUACAAGACAUUGUGCCCAGGGCCCUCUGAAUUCUUAAUCCGGGCCUGCACUGAAUGACAAUAAGGCUCAACUUGGCUUGACUUGAAUCUGCCAUUGACAUGAUGGAUAUUCAAUAAGGUCAGGCACAAAAAUCACGUUUUCCCAUGCCUUUUCAGUGCUAGCCCUUGAACUAUAAACAAGACAAAACUUUCAUGUGGGAAAAUCUUUUUUUUUUUUUACAUAAUAAUCUUUUUUUUUGUGUGUGUGUGUAGCUCAGGGGUGCCAAAACUCAUCUUAGCUCAGGGGCCACAUGGAGGAAAAUCUAUUUCCAAGUGGGCUGGAUCGUUAAAAUUGUGGAAAAUAUGUAAAAUUUUAUUAGUAUAUGAAAUGAUUGCUAAUAAAAUUUUACAUAUUUUUAAUUCUAAUAGUUGGAAAGUGUGUAAAUAGUCAAGAGCAUGGAGUUACAGUAAAAUACAUUCACUUAGUAGCAUUGAAACGGAACUAACACACAUAUCACUAGGAUUAAGUUUAGCCAGGUUGUGAACCAGCUCUGGAGCAGGCUAGCUGCAAAGAAUUCAGAGAAUUCAAAGAACAUUCAGCCAGGAUAGCCUCAAAAUCCGCUUAAUCUUACUUUUGUGCAAUGCCCCUCUGGAUGACAACAUAAUACCUAAACAAUAAAGGAAUGAAAUGACAACAUAAUACCUAAACAUAAGACGAAACAAACUCAGGGGUAUACUAUAAGAGAUGUGAUUAAACUGAUAACAAACAGGGUUGUUGCUAGAUCGGAUAUGGUUGCGGCCGGAAGUUAA